GCUAGACGUCGCAUGGCAGUUGUGAGCUGAAUCCACACCUAGUGAAGUUCGAUGUUCUUUAUGGAAACAAACUUUGAUGACCAACUGGUUGUAUCCGCAAAUGAAUAGAAAUCAACACAAACAACACACAAUGUAAUUAUAAGUGUAAUAAAAAUAAAAGAAUCUUCAAGGCAUGCGGUUGCAAGUUGAUAAAAUAUCGAACACGCUGCCAGUUAAGGUUAUUUGUGAGUCAACUUUGAACGAAUGAUGAACUGCGCCGGCGGGCGGUUGCCAAAAAACAGUGACGAGUGCCUGCCACAAAAAGUUAAAUUACGCGAAUCUCAAAAAUCAGUGAAAUAUGCUGCUGCUUGUACUAAUCUCGUUUGCACCAUUUUUCACACUGCAAACCGAAGUGCUUUUAAACUACGACGGCUUUAAUCCGAUCGGCGCCGUGUCGUCUGCAUCAGCAGCUUACACCACUGCCUCCUCCUCGACAUCAAAAGCAACAACCGUAACGUACGCCCAGCAGCAGGUACAAUGGCCUCCCACUGCUGUGCACGGCAAUUGGUAUAUUCUGCAUGCAGCAACCAACGCUGCGGUUGCCGCGGCUGCUACUACUCAAGUAGACGCUGCACGCGCUAAUAAACUGCAAAAGCGACAUAAAGCAAUGCCACGAGAUAAACAACCACACAGCACAGCACGCCACACCCUUGAUACACCACAAGCGGCGCAGCAACAGGAGCAACAAGAAAAUCCGGCAAAUUAUUACACUUACAACAGCAGCAACAACGGAAAUUACCGUUCGACGGCACCGGAUAUGCGCUUUGUUGCGCCAUAUGUAUUGGCGUUAAGUAAUCGGCGACGCCUCUCGAUGACAUCGGGCGAAAGAAAUAGGCGGCGAGAGCACAGCGACAGCACCACUGACAGAAUUGUCAAUAACUUCAAUGAACGAGGGUAUGUCAACACUUAUAACAGCAACUAUAACAACAAAAGUAUGACUCAACACAAUAAGUACGGUGACAAUGAGCAAGCAGCAACAACUAAAGUAAACAUUGCCGACAGCAUUGUUACGCAACCACAGCAUCAGGCAAUGCUUGCUUGGCAGGAUAUUAAAAUCAAAAGCGAUGGUGAGGUCAACGAGGGGCGUAAGGGUGUCGUUCCUGAUAUUGAGGAAAGCACGGAGGUCGGAAGUGUGGAAAAUGAUAUAAACAGUCUAGAGGAAGCGCAGUUCAAUGAAGUUCUUGUGCCAUUGGGAAACGCCUUGGACAAAGUGCGACACUUUUGCGACGUUUUCCGACGUAUCAUCAGCGAUGAUAAAGCAGACCUUGCAAGCGGCGGCCUCGAUACAUUGGGGAGCAGCGACGACGGCUUCACGAACUCAGCAUCCGUCACGUUAGCGCAGUCAGCAACUGUAGACACAGUCAUUCCUGUUGGGGACAACACACAGUUGGCGCGUGAAGUUCAAGGUCAGCGAAGCCCUCCCACCGCCACACAUUCAAACACGCAACAGUCCCAGUCGAUUUCAGAGACGACAUUGAUGUGGCCAACAGUGACGGCAACAGCUUUGCCACGGUCAACUGCGGUUACAGCAUCAGCGCAGGCAACAACAAUUACAAACGCACCAAACUCAGCUAAAUCAUUAACAUCUACUGCCUUGGUCAUUGGUCGAGGCAAAAAAUUAAAAAAGAAAUUGAAAAAACUGAUGCUUCCAUUGUUGUUGGCAUACAAGCUGAAGUUCAUAGCAUUAGUGCCGCUGCUAAUUGGUGGCCUAACGCUGCUGGUCGGCAGCACUGGCCUGGCUGGCUUCUUUUUUGCGCUCUUCUUGACGGUGAUGACCCUGAAGGGCGGCGGUAGUGUGAACAAAUCGAUUGUAAUUAAGAAAGUUUUGUAAACGCCGACUGAACAGCUUAAACAAUUUGCGGCCACCUAAGCGGAGCAGGUGCGGUACACUCUAUAAGCUAAUAUUUUUUUAUCGGUCAACACGAGUUAAGUUAGUCAUGAAUUAACGUUGCUCUUUGCACCUUGCAAGUGACACAGAAGAGAGCGAAUGAAAUUGCACAAUCGCUCAACUUCUAGUUGGGCGGUCUUGUGGUUGACAAAAGCAAAGCCAUUUUUAUGUUAAUGUUAUAAAACAAUGGACUAAUAGUUACAAAACAUUUUUUUAUAUUAUUAUUUUUUUAUAAACUCUGCGCACUAUUUAUGCAUGCAGUUUUUGCAGUGAGCGACACGCGAAACCGGAUUAUAUUACUUAACGCCGCUAAUUUAAGUCAAUUACUUCCAAAAAUGCCGACAAACGCAUGAAAUAAUGCCUGAAUACGAGUAUACAUAUGUAUAACCAGCUCGGAAUAUUAUGGAAGGGCGUAUAUGAAACCGUAUUAAGCUAAGAGGUUUUAAACACCUGAGAGGACGUAAAUAACGGCUUCGCUCUUGGAUUCAUUACAUUUCAUUUAUUUUCUCAAAUUUGUGCCCAUUUAUAAAUUAUUUAAUAUAUAUGUUUUUUUAAUUAUGUGACUAAAUUUUUAUAUUAAAAAUGUAUUGAUAAUCAUACUUUUAGUUUUUAUAGUAAUAAAUCAACAUUAAAUGACUGAAAUAUUCUUAAAAAUCGACUGUCGGAAUCGUUAGUAAUUUAUAUUUCUAUGCAAAUUGGACCAACCCUCCCAUUUAAUCUGUGCAGCACGUUAUCGUUUUUGGCCUACAGAGAGAUCGCGCUCUACUCCAACCUUGUCUUAGAGUACUAGCUUUACUUUGCAUACUGUCGAAGUUCAAUAACAUUUCAUUCAAGUGUUUCGAACAAUAUUUCUGCUAUUGCCGAUUAUAAUGGAAAAGAGUGAAUUUCGAAAAUUGAUCCUCGUGAACCUACCAGCAUAAAUAAUGCGCCCUGUACAAAGCAGAAUUAAAAUGUGCACAUAUAAGGGUUGUUUUUUUAAACUCUUGCAACCUGUUACUACAGUAGGGGGAUUCUCUUGCUCUUGCAAGAUUAC